GAGUCUAAAGUGAUGGAGUCUGCUGUCCUGUAUACUUGUGCAGAAAUGGGCAUAAUCCAUCGUCUCGGCCGACAAUUUCCUGCUCCUCAUCAUUUGGUCUUCAUCGAAGAAAUAAUGUCUCACAAAAACACAAGCCUUGCACUCGAAAAAAAUCCAUUAGAAACCACGGAUUUUGAGGAAAAUGGAUUAAAAUCAUUGGUCAAUCUUCAAGAGUUUUUCCGAAGACUGCACAACGUCAUUGAGCGAGGAUCCUUUAUGUCAGCUGCUAUUCGGAUGGAUGUUCAGGUCUCAACUCGUGUUCUCGACACUGCUCCAAAAGUCACUUACAACAUGUCAUUAAGCACACAAAACUGGGACAAAAAGCUGGAAGUGGCUCCGGCGGUGGUGAACAAACUUCUCGAUGAUUUACAGAAGGCGAAGCUUGCAUUCCGUCAAGUGGAAUAUGCUGGUGAUCCGUUGGUCGAAGAAGAAAGUACUUCAAAUUAGGCUAUGAACCGCAAUUAUCAUUUUGUCUUAAUUUUAUUCUUAUUUACAUUCCAUAAUCGUUAGUUAAUUCACGGGUACCUAUUCAAAUUAAAUUAGUUUUUUUAAUGUAUAUUUAGACAUUACCCUAGCAAUGCUGUGAUUAUCAGACUUUUCACUUGAUUUUCAAAAUGUGAUUAAAUUAUUUUA